AUAUAUUAAAGAAACAUUUGCACGGGAAAUAUGAGGGGAAAAAAACUCUAAUUAUUAAUCAGCGUAAUCUCCAAGAUCUCUCUACUCCGACUCAUAAAAUUAGCUUGCAAAACCUCAAAUUAUUUUAAAAUACAUUAUUAUUAUUAUUAUUAUUAUUAUUAUAACCUUGCAAGCUCGUCUUGUGAGUUGUGACUAGUGCGUAAUCCUGUCUAUUAUUUUCAAUUCAUAUGUAGCCUAACAUUAGUUUCCCAAAAGCAAGUGAAGUGACAAAAUGGCACUCAGUCUAAAACAAAAACAUGUGUCAUCAUCAUCAACCCUUUCCUACUUCCGUUUUUUCCACGGAUUCUCACUAACAUACAUAUCUUGUGAACAAAGUUCCUCAAGUUUUCUUCUUCUCUGUUUUCAAUCACAAUCCAAUACAUAACUCUUCUGUCUUCUUCUUCUUCUUCUUCUUCUUCUUCUUUCUCCUCCUUUUUCAAGUGGAAAAUUCAUAGAAGUUCACUAUGUUAAAGUUGCCCAUACCUUAAUCCAUGCAUUCAUUCAGAGAUACAAGUCUGAGCCAGCAAGCAUCUUGGCAUAAAAAUUCAACCAUUCUUCAUUUAUCUAACAUAUGUACUUUAUUUAGCACGCAUGCCUUUUUCUGUAUCCUCAAUUAUUGACCAAAAUUUAACUCACAAUUAAUGCCCUAUUUUUUGUAACCAUAAGACAUAGCAUAUCACUAUUCAGAAGAAGAAGGAGAAGAAGAUGAAGAGUGGGAAGAGAGGGAAGUCUGGUUCUUCAAUCUCAUCUUUAUGGACAAUACUCAAGCAAGCAGAUGUUUCAGAUAAGUGGUUGAUGGUCAUUGGAUUCAUUGGAGCCACAGUUAAUGGGCUUACAACUCCAAUCAUGCUUCUGAUAACCAGCAAGAUUAUGAACAGUUUGGCUGGUGUUUCUUCUUCAACCCCACUCUUCAUCCAUGAUGUCAACAAGAAUGCUAUUUAUAUGUUGUACAUGGCUUGUGUAUCCUUUGUGGCUUGUUUUUUAGAGGGAUAUUGUUGGACAAGAACUGGAGAACAACAAGUGGUGAGGCUGAGAGCUAGGUAUCUUAAGGCUGUUCUUCGUCAAGAUAUCGAGUAUUUCGACAUGAAGGUUGCAUCAACCACAGAGGUUGUUACUAGUGUUUCCAGUGACAGCAUUGUCAUUCAAGACUUCCUCAGUGAGAAGAUGCCAAAUUUCAUUAUGAAUUGUUCCACAUUUGUUGGUGGAUAUUUGAUUGGUUUCUUCAUGAUGUGGAGAUUGGCUUUGGUUGUUUUCCCAACUGUUGUGCUUCUUAUCAUACCUGGGAUCAUCUAUGGGAGAAUUCUUAUUAGCAUUACUAGGAAGAUCAGAGAACAAUACAACAAAGCCGGGGCAAUUGCCGAGCAGGCAAUUUCCUCUAUUCGAACUGUAUACUCUUUUGUCGGCGAGCAGAGAACGAUAAAAGAGUUUGGCGUUGCACUUGAAGGUUCAUUCAAGCUAGGAGUGAGACAGGGGUUGAUCAAAGGCAUUACAACAGGGAGUAAUGGUGUAACUUUUGCAAUUUGGGCAUUCAUGAUUUGGUAUGGGAGUAAACAAGUCAUGUUUCAUGGAGCUAAAGGAGGAACUAUUUAUGGUGUAGGAGUUGCUAUAAUCACUAGUGGAUUAGCAUUUGGAUCAGCAAUUUCAAAUUUGAGAUACUUCUCAGAGGCAAUCUCAGCUGGGGAAAGAAUACUGGAAGUGAUUGAGAGAGUGCCAAAAAUUGACUCAGAGAGUGAAGAAGGUGAAAUCUUGGAGAGUUUUGUAGGGGAGUUGGAGUUCAAAGAUUUGAAGUUUUCAUAUCCUUCGAGGCCGGAGAGUCUCGUGCUCAAUGAUUUCAACUUGAAAAUUCCGGCUGGGAAGAUUGUAGCAUUGGUAGGAUCAAGCGGGUCGGGGAAGUCGACGGUGAUAGGAUUACUAGAAAGGUUCUAUGAUCCGGAGUUUGGUUCAAUCCACGUUGAUGGAGUGGAUAUCAAGAAGUUGAAACUGAAAUGGUUGAGAUCUCAAAUGGGAUUAGUGAGCCAAGAGCCUGCUCUAUUUGCUACUUCUGUUAAGGAGAACAUACUGUUUGGCAAAGAGGAUGCUUCAAUGGAAGAAGUUGUGGCUGCUGCAAAAAUUGCAAAUGCUCAUGAAUUCAUUUCAAACCUUCCUGAUGGUUAUGACACCCAGGUAGGAGAAAGGGGAGUUCAAAUGUCAGGAGGACAGAAACAAAGGAUUGCUAUAGCAAGAGCAGUGCUAAAAUCUCCAAAGAUUCUUCUGCUUGAUGAGGCCACAAGUGCAUUAGACACUGAAUCAGAGAGGAUAGUUCAGGAAGCACUUGACAUGGCAUCGGUUGGCCGGACUAGCAUUGUUAUUGCUCACCGAUUGUCUACUAUCAGGAAUGCAGAUAUAAUUGCAGUUGCACAAGAUGGGCGUGUCACAGAGACAGGAACUCAUGAUGAACUUAUGCGUGAUGAGUUUGGUCUUUAUUCAUCCCUUGUUCAGCUUCAACAAACCAAAGGAGGAUCAGAUGAAUGCUCAUCCAUUGAUUCAUUAACAGCGGUUAUAUUAUCAGAGGAUCAAUCACUUAAUCAUAAGAUUGAAGAAGGCAUGCCUAAUUCAAGCCUGAAAUCUGAAGAAAAACCAACAAAAGCAUUCCCUGCACCUUCAUUUCAGAGACUACUACUAUUGAAUGAACCAGAGUGGAAACAAGGCACAGUGGGCUGCUUCGGUGCGAUGGCAUUCGGUGCGAUACAACCUCUAUAUGCAUUGGCAAUGGGGAGUAUGAUAUCGGUCUUCUUUCUCAAGAACCAUGAUGAGAUCAAGGCGAAAACAAGGACUCAUUCUUUGCUGUUCAUCUCCUUAUCUUUCUUAUCCUUUUUCAGUAACAUUGCACAGCAUUUUAGUUUUGGUGUGAUGGGGGAGCACCUUACUAAGAGAGUACGGGAGCGAAUACUCUCAAAGAUACUCACAUUUGAGGUUGCUUGGUUCGACAAGGAUGAAAACUCCACAGGGGCAAUCUGCUCUCGUCUCGCCAAAGAUGCUGUUGUGGUAAGAUCAUUGGUAGGAGAUAGGAUGUCGCUGCUAGUUCAAACAGCAACAGCAAUCGUCAUCGCUUGCACGCUUGGGCUGGUCACGGCAUGGAGAUUGGCUUUGGUCAUGAUGACUGUCCAACCUUUGAUCAUUGUUUGCUUCUAUUCUCGCAAAAUGCUUCUCAAGAGCAUGUCAACCAAAGCUGUUAAAGCUCAGUUAGAAAGCAGCAAACUCGCCGCUGAAGCUGUUUCCAAUAUUCGCACUGUCACUGCUUUUUCCGCUCAAGAGAAGAUUCUCCGGUUAUUUGAGCUCACACAAGAAGGUCCUCAAAAAGAAAAUCUACGGCAAUCUUGGAUUGCCGGACUUGUCCUCGGCAUUUCCCAUAGUCUUACCAAAUGUGCAUUUGCUCUCAGUUUUUGGUACGGAGGGAGAUUGGUAUCUCAUCAUCUUUUAACUCCAAAAUCACUCUUUCAAACAUUUCUAAUUCUAGUCGGCACUGGCCGGGUGAUUGCAAAUGCCGGAAGCAUGACUAGUGAUCUUGCUAAAGGUGCCGAAGCAGUCAGUUCAGUGUUCACAAUUCUUGAUCGUCAAACAUGCAUUGAACCAGAUGAUUCCAAAGGUGAUUCCCCAAAGAAGUUAAUUGGGAGAGUUGACAUUGUCGAUGUCGAUUUUGCAUAUCCAUCACGACCAGAUGUCUUGAUCUUCAACAAUUUUUCAUUAAGCAUUGGAGCUGAUAAGUCAACUGCAUUUGUGGGACGCAGUGGAUCUGGCAAGUCAACUAUCAUCGGUCUAAUUGAGAGGUUUUAUGACCCAUUGAUGGGAUCCAUAAUGAUUGAUAAUAAGGACAUAAAGACUUACCAUCUCCGAUGUUUGAGAAGGCACAUUGCAAUGGUAGGUCAAGAACCGGUUUUGUUUGCAGGCACUAUUGAAGAAAAUAUUGCUUAUGGUGUCGAUAAGACUACUGAGGCGGAAAUAGAGUCCGCUGCAAGGGCGGCUAACGCCCACGAAUUUGUUAGCAGUCUAAAAGAUGGAUAUAAAACAUGGUGCGGAGAUAAAGGGAUCCAAUUAUCAGGUGGACAAAGACAACGUAUCGCUAUUGCUCGAGCAAUAUUAAAGAACCCAAGCAUUUUGCUUUUGGAUGAGGCCACAAGCGCAUUAGAUACUCGAUCAGAAAAAGUGGUGCAAGAUGCGUUGGAGAAGGUAAUGAUUGGGAGGACUUGCGUUGUGGUUGCACAUAGACUGAGUACAAUACAAAAUUGUGAUAUCAUUGUUGUUCUUGAGAAGGGAGUGGUUGUUGAGAAAGGUACUCAUGCUGCUCUGCUUGAGAAGGGUCCUUCAGGUUCUUACUUUUCAUUGGUUAGCCUCCAACAACGGAAUUUGAAUGUGUAAUCUUGUUAUUCUAUUGGACAGUUAUGCUGAUUAUGGGGACCACAGUUAUUAUAAAUUUAUAAUGGUGAAUAAAGAAAAUAUUGACAAAA